AUGUAUGAGGAAAGUUCAUGUUUUGAUCCUAUACCAACGGUGGAAGCAAUCAUGGACAACGACGGUGGCUUCUGUGCGGCGGAAACAACUUUUCCGGUAAGCCACCAGUUCCAACCACCGCUUGGAAGCACAACAAACAGCUUUAACGAUGAUCUUAAGCUCCCAACAAUGGAGGAGUUCUCUGUUUUCCCUUCUGUUAUCUCUCUUCCUAACUCAGAAACUCAGAACCAAAGCAACAACCAUCUGAUCAACCAAAUGAUUCAAGAUUCGAAUUGGGGUGUCUCUGCAGACAACUCUGGAUUCUUCAUGAACACUUGUGAUCCAAACACAACGUCAACUCCAAUUCCUGAUCUUCUCAGCCUCUUGCAUUUGCCUAGAUCCUCAUUCUCAUUACCAAGCUCGAACCUUUCAGAUAUAAUGGCGGGUUCUUGCUUCACAUAUGACCCGCUCUUCCACUUAAACCUUCCUCCACAGCCUCCUUUGAUCCCUGCUAAUGACUACUCAGGGUUCUUGCUUGGAAUUGAUAACAAUGCUACUUCUCAAAGAGAUGACUCAAAUGUUGGGAAUGAGAUUAAUAUCGAUAGCGGAAUCAUCGAGUUUAGCAAAGAAAUUAGGCGUAAAGGGAGAGGGAAGCGAAAGAACAGACCUUUCACAACAGAGCGUGAGAGGAGAUGUCAUUUGAAUGAGCGGUACGAGGCCUUGAAAUUGCUCAUUCCGAACCCGAGUAAGGGAGAUAGAGCAUCAAUUCUUCAAGAUGGGAUCGAUUACAUCAACGAGUUACGCAGAAGAGUAAGCGAGCUUAAGUAUUUGGUUGAGAGAAAAAGAUGUGGUGGGCGACAGCAGAACAAUGAAGUAGACAACAACAACAACAACAAUAACUUGGAUGGUCAUAUUAAUGAAGAUGAUGUUGAUGAUGAUGAAAACAUGAAUAAGAAGCCUGAGAGCGAUGUGACGGACCAAUGUUCAAGUAACAACUCGCUGAGAUGCUCAUGGCUGCAGAGGAAAUCAAAAGCAAGUGAAGUUGAUGUUAGGAUUGUUGAUGAUGAAGUAACAAUCAAAGUUGUCCAGAAGAAGAAGAUCAACUGUUUGUUACUUGUCUCCAAAGUACUUGAUCACCUUCAGCUUGAUCUUCACCAUGUUGCAGGUGGACAGAUUGGUGAGCACUACAGUUUCUUGUUCAACACCAAGAUAUAUGAAGGAUCAACAAUAUAUGCAAGUGCAAUAGCAAACAGAGUGAUUGAAGUUGUGGACAAACACUACAUGGCUUCUCUUCCCAUCAAUAACUAUUAAAAAGUUUAGGCUAACUUCAUGUAUUUUCUGACCUUUUUUUUUCCUUUUUCUUUUCUAAUUUAAUGUUUUACUCAUUUGCAAAACUUAAUAAACACUCA